AAUCCCUUCAUUCAGCCUUCAUCUGUCUCUAUGUGACGGACAGACUGAAAUCACCGCUUUGGCUGUUUAAUAAAACCGUAAAAUGUGAGCUGUGUGGGUCUGUUGGGCUGUGUCGGAUCCGGAUCUCCUUGUCAUCAGGCUCUAUCUCUGUGAACCAUCAUUCUGCCCCAGUCGGCUGUUCUCACUUUCAUUUGUGGACAACUUUUUGGAAUAUAGGACAACAUUCGGUCGGUUCAAGCCUCGUAUGCUUGGGUUUGGAUUCGUCUGAGCCUUAUUCAGCCGAAUAAGGAUUUUCUCAGGUGGACUUUAAGAACUGGUUGGGAGCUGGUCCACGAUAGGUUUUUCCAAAAGAGCGUUCUGAAGACGUCAGCGCGGAUGGGACAUAAAAGACUUCAGAAAGGGCCUGGUUGGGAAAGGGAGUGAUUAUGGACAACCUUUCUGACUUCAGCGGCCCCUGUGCAUCCACCCGCAGGGAAUGGGACACCAACAGCUGUGUGGAAGAUUUAAUGGACGAAGAUGAGAAAGACAGGGCAAAAAGGGCAUCCCGGAACAAAUCGGAAAAGAAAAGAAGAGACCAAUUCAAUGUGCUCAUCAAGGAACUAUGCACCAUGCUGCAGGGUCAGGGCCAUCCACGCAAGAUGGACAAGUCCACCAUACUGCAGAGAACAAUCGACUUCCUGCAGAAACAGAAAGACAUCACUGCACAGAAUGAAACUUGUGAUGUAAGACAAGACUGGAAGCCUUCGUUCCUCAGUAAUGAGGAAUUUACUCAGCUAAUGCUGGAGGCCCUGGAUGGUUUCUUGGUAGCAUUAACUACAGAUGGAAACAUCAUAUACGUUUCUGACAGUGUGUCUUCACUUAUUGGCCAUUUACCCUCAGAUAUGGUGGACCAAAAUAUCUUGAACUUCCUCCCGGAGCGUGAACAUGGGGAGGUGUAUAAGCUGCUAUCGUCCCAUAUGCUGAUGACUGACCCCAUUGCUGCUGACUUCCUUGACAGUGAGGCACAUAUUGAAUUUUGCUGUCACCUAGCCAGAGGUAACAUUGACCCAAAGGAGCCGCCUGUGUAUGAGUAUGUCAAGUUUGUUGGAGAUUUCAAGUUUCAUAACAAUGUGCCUACAUCUUCUUGUAACGGGCUAGAGCUGACGUUACCAAGAACCCUGCAGUCGACGUUGGAGGAGCAGGUCUGCCUCAUUGCCACUGUACGAUUAGUCACUCCACAGUUUUUAAAGGAUUUGUGUAAUGUGGAAGAUUCAUGUGAUGAAUUCACAUCUCGACACAGCCUUGAAUGGAAGUUCCUGUUUUUAGAUCACAGAGCUUCACCAAUCAUUGGCUAUUUACCCUUCGAGGUGCUUGGCACCUCAGGCUAUGAUUACUAUCAUGUGGACGACUUGGAGCUUAUAGCCCAGUGUCACAAACAAUUGAUGCAGUUUGGGAAGGGUAAGUCGUGCUACUAUCGCUUUCUGACCAAAGGUCAGCAAUGGAUUUGGCUGCAGACUCACUACUACAUCACAUACCACCAGUGGAACUCCAAACCUGAGUUUAUCGUCUGUACUCAUACUGUUGUCAGUUAUGCUGAAGUGCGGGCUGAAAGGAGGAGAGCAUUUGGCCUUGAAGAGCUGUCGCCUCCAGAGAACGCUCCAUCCUCUGUGAAGGCUCAGGAGCUUUACUUGGACAUCUGUUCAACACUGGAGCCUCCACGGGACAGAAACAGUGGCGCACGUUCAGUAUCCUCCCACAGCUCCCGGAAGUCCUCCCACACUGCGCUUUCGGACUCUGCAUCAGCUAACUCCUACACAGAGGCCUGCACACCGUCGUGGCAAUCCACUUCCAUUGGGGCUGAGAAGACGGCAGCCAGACCACAGCCAAGCAGUUCAAAGAAUUUGGUACAAAGACAAAAUUCCUUUGACCUCGUUACCCAACUGAGCGUCCCUCUUUCUCCUACCUGCAGCAAGCACUCCGUGAUGCAAACGCAGCAGCAGCAGCGGUCACCCAUGUAUCAGCUGCCGCAGUCUCAGAUCGGUGUAAUGAACCAGCUGAAGGAGCAGCUGGAGGAGAGGACGCGCAUUCUGCAAGCUGACAUUAAGACGCAGCAGCAGGAGCUGCACGACAUUAAAGAGAAGCUUCACCUCGCUAAUCUUCAGAUGUUGUUACAGCAGCCGAUCCACAAUGACUUUGGCCAGGACCAGCCGCCGCUGCAGCAGCAGGGCCCGGGCCGGCCCACACAGCGGAGCCAGUCAGGGGUGAUCAGGCAGCUCCCAGGCCACCCCAAGCCCCCGGCCUGUGGAGCCCACGGUUCAUCUCCUCACUCACUUAUGAGAGAAAAUAGCUCUCCUUCAACACAGGUCCAGCAGAGAAUUCCACAGACUGGGCCGGUCCAGUCGGUCAGUCUGCCAAUGCAGACCAACACCAGUCUGACGAUGCCCCUCUAUAGUAACCCCAUGAUGUUCUCUCAGACCAAUACGAGGCCUCUGCAGGAUGCAAACCAAAGACACACGGACAACGAGUACACCCAAGACGGACAACUACGCAUGCUACUGAACCAGCCAAUGCAGACACUGGUUCCCACGAGCAGCGUCACAUCACAGCCUUCCCAGUGCAACAUGGGCAUCUCCCAAACCAUAUACACCCUGGAGCAGCAGAUCAUCGCGCCUCCAUUCUCCAUGCAGCAGGUCAACUGCAACGCCGUCCUCGUGCCCUCGCCGGUCUUCACCUCCCCCGUGAUGAUCCCUCAUAACAGCUUCAUCACACACCAGUCCCAGUCAUCGUUCCACACUCAGCCUCAGGCCUCCCAGCACUCCCUGCAGCUACAGCAGCCCCAGCAGUUCUUUCAGAUGCCUCAAGGACUCGGAUCGACUCCAGCAUUCUUACACACCACUAAUGUCCCACAGCAAAGCACUGUGGGAUACAUCCAGCAGCAGCCGCAGCCGCCUCAGCAACUGCCACAAGCACAACAGCAACAAAGGCAAUACCAACAUUCCCAAAACCAGACUGGCAGUGUUUCAGACUUCCGAAAUCUGCUGACCCGGUAGCGCUGAGACUUCCUCAGUGUUGCUCACCACGCAGGUGACAGCGCACUGUGGCAUUUCAAAGACGCAGGAAGUCAAACUUGAUGUCAACUUUGGCAGUAGAGAUGCUUGAAAGUAGAGGACUGCUCAUAGUGACCUUACUGUUGACGUGAAGCUGCCCGGUCAGAAGCAGCCGGUCGCGAGGAAACCACGAGCGGAGGUUGCACCAACGUGAAGUCAGCCACGAGCGGAGCUGCACGAGGAAAACCCGAGGCCACGUCAAGUGUCGGCUGUCGAUCAGUGACGAUGCUCGAUCCGUCACAGCUCGGAAGACUUUCACGUGUUUUCAUGUUGGAAGUUUUCCAUCUAACAAAGAGAAUUCUCUGUCAGAUGUCUGUUUGCACUUUGGUACCACUCCCUAUCCACAAUUAGUAGAUGAAUUACUGUCCGUUUAUUUUCACCCACUUGUGCUUGUUUAAUAUUAAGUAGCUCAACACCCCUUUCCAGUGACAAAAAGUCCUCAUCCUAGUCAGCUUUGUGGUUCAUGAAGGGUUUUGUGAGAAUGGGAACUCUACAUCAGUGUAUGUCUCAGCGGACUGGCAGUAUGUGAUGCUCCAGUGUCCAACAGUGAUUGUCUCGCAGGUAUGUGCAUCGUGUAAUAUUCAUUGCAGGUUAUUGAAUCGGGGUUUUGAUAGAAAACAGAGCAGUGAGAUCAUAUCUAAAAUCAGGCUUGGUGAGAACUAAGGGUGAAGAUGCGACACUGGGGAGUGGGGGAAUAUUCUCCAACUACAUAUAUUUAAAAAAAAAAAAAAAACACAGACAAUGUAGAUUUUUAAAGCCUCAAUCUGGGACUGAAGAAUGGGGAUGGGGCGGGUUACAAAUUUCCCACUGCUUCUCACGGAGAAUGACAGUGAAGCUCUGAAGUGGUCGGAUGCGUCUGAUGAGCUCAGUCCUUGGAUGUUAAAAGUCAGGGUAAAUUCGUGCCUUUAACCGUGGUGAGUCCAUGGUACGGUUUGAUGGUUUUGUCUGAUUACGGCUUUAAAAAUCCAGCUCAGGUCCAUUUGGAAUACAAAGUUAUAUUUUCAUAGGUCAUACUUUAUUGUUUUCCACAUCAAAUUGAAACACAAAGACAUCUAGAUUUAUAUUGGAUAUAUUAAGAGAUAUACUGGGUGCUUUUUGCAGCCUUUUUGUCCAGUCAGUUGAAAUUUUAACAUUUUCUGUAAUGAUAGCAUCUAAUAAGUUUCAUUUAUCUAUUUACUUAAACCCUAAAAGAAUCAUUUAUUUAUUGCUUAUAUAUUUGACACAGUCUAUGGGAAUAAGAGACAAUUUUUUUUUUUUUUUUUUACCAAAUAAUUGGUUUUAUGUUGUCAUUUAGACGCUGAAAGGUCAACACUGGUCUUAAUGUCUCAUGUUGAUGAUCAAGUAGGAAAAAAAUCAGCCAUGAAACACCUGAUUGUAGUUCGCAGAUCUGUUACAGAAGUGUGAGCCUGCUGAUUGGAAUAUUUUAGCAACAGUAUUAACCUAUUUAUUUGAUCAAAUUACAUCGAAUCAGUCAAUUUAUUCAUCUUGUCUUUUUUAAUUAGGCCAAUCUGAAAGUUACGCAACCAUAAAAAGCUAAUCUUUCCAAAUUAGAAAAUGAAUUGGUAACGUAACACUUCUGUCAAGUUAGUUAUUUAUUCAUUAUUUAUCUCCUCAAUGAGCCGUUCAGAGUGUAGACAGAUAUAUAAUGAAUUCAGAAAACCGGCAACAGCAGCGCUAGCAGAUACAGUUUCUCAGUCUUUUAUCGUGAUAGAUGACAAACAUUGAACACAAAGCAUAUGAAAGUAUGAAGCAGUCAGUACUUUAACACAUAACACGUUUGUCUUUGAAUCCAUUGGACGCUGUUUCACGUGUUGGUUUUGUGAUGUAACUUUUACUAGGAUGCGUUUACUGCUCCUCAGCUCUUGUGCCUGCACUCAGUCAUUCCCCAGGUGGACGAACAUGUAUGUGUGUGUUGUCUAAAGAGCCGUCAUUAAUGCUGUUGUCUGAAUUCAUCGCUGCCACUCUGGCUGGUCGAGUUUUGCGAAGAUAGAGGGACAGAGGUUUGGAGGCGAGUGCAGUUUGUGACAUAAACACACUAGAAAAUGUAUUUCUCUUCUCUCUAUGACAAUCAAGACAAUUUGUAUGCACACACUGUACUGCAACUGCCUGUGCCAGGGUCAUAAGCAUAUGACUUUUCACAUAAUUUAAGCAAAAAAAAAAAAACUUAACAAAACAAAUACGUCGACUUUUACGUUUAUUCCCUGGGUUGUGUACACUGUGUGACAUUUAUUUUAACUCCAGAUCCACAUUUGAGUGAAUUAGUCCUUUUUUAAGACUGGUGCUGGUCAUAUUGGAUUAUAAGACUCAACUCUGACUUGGGGUGUGUAUGUUCUGUGCCGUUUUACUAUGUGCAAUGUCAAUUUGAGAAGAAUGUUAAUUUACUGUAUACUGUAUGAUGCAGAGCAGAUGUACUAUGUAUAUAGAGGUGUAUAGUAAGCCAUUCUACUAUGUAAAAUUAUAUGGAAGUAUUUUUGUAAUGAAAAUAUCCCAACAUUCCUAGAACCGUCAAUAUCUGCUGCGACUUUUUGGAAUUUGGCACUUAGUUUUUCCCCAAAUUUAACAAAGGACUGCUGAGAUAUAUAAAAGAAGACACACUCACCAUUAUAAUAUCAUUAAUCCUAGAGCUCAUUAAAGAGGUUAUUUACUAUUACAGCCAGAAUGGAAUUAAAGUUUUCAGUUUUAAGCAAAAGUGCAAUUCUACAUCAUCUUCAAAGUGGUUUCUAUAAGAAAACCAACUUUCUGCAGUCCUGUAUUAGCAUGGUUUUAGUAAACGCCCAUAAAAUUUCAGUUCAGCCAGCAACUCAGAGGUGCCAUAGUUCACGAUAUUUUUUCCUUUCUUAAUAUUAUUUUUAAGAAAAUCCAAAGAGAUUCUUCAGAAAAUAUAUACUCAUGCAAAAUAUCAGAUUUUUAUUUCCCUCAUGGUUUGUGUCGACCUAAACACAUCUGUGUACAAAAACUCUCCAGUCAUAUUUGCCUUGGAAAAGGUGGUUGCAGCAAAUUCUGUUUGUUAAACUCAACUGAGUGAAUCAUGUUGAAAUACUUCACACAUUGUUCUCCAGCUGUGGGUUAAGAAUCACUACGUGUUUGCUCUGGCAGAUCACCCAUUCUGGUUUGGUUUUGAGAUUUUUAGGGAUAGUUUGGUGUGUAUUGCGUCACAGAAGUGUUUGAUGUAAAUACUCCAUGUGCUCCAAUGGUACUGUUCGUCUCUGUAGUCGAGUCACAAAGCUCUCCUGUCAGUAGUCGCUGCACCUUUUUUCAUUUCCAAAUUGCAGAAUGCUUUUCUUCUUCUUUAAGGGUUUUUUUUUUCAUUGAGUGUCAAUGUUUUUGAAGGUAUGUGAUUUUAAUCACAUUUUAACUGCUACAUUUUGAGUUGUAAACUAACGACUGGCUCUUUACAUGUGACAGUCAGACAUUAUUUUCUGUAAAAGAUUCACCAGGAUAUAAAGAAAACAAACCUGGUACACAGCCAUUUCUGCAGUUUCAGUGCAGAAACAAACAUUGAAUAUAUUGUAUAAUAGAAUGUAAAAAAAA